ACGAAGAGGCGCGAAGGUGCGCGCGAUGAGAAAUACAAGUCAGCUGAAAGACGCGAGACAAGAGGUAAUUCAUUCGCGGGAUCGAGUCGCGUAACGGCAACGAGAAAAUACGAUAAUUACAUUGUUGCGCGAGUCAUCGCAACGAGAGAGAUAAUAAACACUGCGCAUAGGAUUAAGCGCGAUACAAAAUUCUCGCGCACUAGACGCGAGAUAAUUAUGCGUUCGGCUGGAUGAGUUACGUCAGAAUGCGCAUUCAGAACGGCCUUCGCGCUCGUGGUAACCACACGUCCGUUGGCAUAUCUCCACACGUGUCACACCUGUGUGUAGUAAUACAGCGCUCGAAUUACGAAUUACAUGAUCGAUGUUACGGUAGAACAGAACAGGCCGGCUAAGUGCGGCAGUCGCGUAACGUCGACGCGUGUCUGCGCGCACAACGGGGCGGGAACUUCGAGCAGCAACUUCAAAAACGACUUCGAAAAAGUCGCGCGGUAUCCUCGAUACCGUCUCGGCGCGCGCGAUCGAACAGAUCGAGCGACGUCGCGGCUGUCACGUAUCCGCCGGCGACGAGAAAAUCCCGAGACGAAACCGUUAGGCAAUUGAAGCGGUGGCUUAUUUUGUAAGGAAACUUUCUUUCUCGUGCGUCUCCGCCGCUCUCGUGCGGCGCUGACGCGUGCGCAAAAUCUGUGUGUCGUGAUACAUAACGAGCGCGAUUCGUGCUGACGCUCACGUAGACGGUUUAAGUAACGUCGGCUGUUUCAACAUGCCACCCGGGGUGCAUUAUGCGCCCGAAAGUGACGCGUAACGAACGCCCAAUGUCGAAAUCGCGUCAAGUCGCGAGAGUCGUCCGUGAAUUUCGUCGGGAAAAGAAAAUGAGACUUCGUCUGAGAAGCGCCUUAUUAUCCUCGCCUCGAUAAUAACGCGCCGUGGCUAUGGCAUAAUUAUUCUCUCCGUAAUCGUCGUCUACUCCAUACUUCGGUUUGCUCCUCCUCAUCGCAAAGCUUCUCUCUCUUUUCCGCUAAAAGUAAUACUUCGAGGGAAAAUGAAUACGUCACGCGUUUUACGCGUGCCUACGUUCUAAACGUCGUAAAGGUCACCGCGGAAGCUCAUCGCGGAAGCAAGCACGCGGUCUCUGGCUCUAUUAUGAGAUCGUACCGUCUCUCUACGAUAUAGCCAGGCUCGGUCUCAGGUACAUUCUCCUGGACUGGGUAGAAGGAUUGGGUAGAUUAGGUAGGUAGGUAGGUAGGUAGGUAGGUAGGUAGGUUGGUAGGUAGGUAAGUAAGUAAGAAUGUAGGUAGAGGUAGCUGGGUAGGUAGGUAGGUGUGCGUAAGUCACCACAGGAAGAGAAUACUUUCACUGCCAAAGUGUGGCUGGGAGUAUUCGGGAAGGAUAAGAGGAAAGCUAAGCACGAGGGGGAAUACGACAAGGAAGGUGAGAGUGAAACGGAUGGAGGUAUAUCGGUGCAGUACCGUAUCGCUCUUUCGACUGUCAUUACCGGCUUCAUCGCGGCUUCAUUCGACUAUCAUCCAGUUACCGCGGACGACGACGCUUUUGACAGUGAUCGCACGUACGCACGUUACGUUCUUCCGUUUUCGCGAUCGAGAGCGAGUCUCGCGUUAAAAUCAAUCGACUGUUGAGCAGGGACGUCAGUUUCCGUGAUAUCGUUCUCCGAGUGAAGGAUUCUCGCAAGGAUUGCACGGGAAGGCUGUUUUCCGAUCGGGCAGUGAUACAAUCUCGGCUGGUUAACGAUAGGAUGCUAUCGAUGAUUGGCAUGUGAGAAAAAAACGACACAAGUACAAAUUCUGCCGCUGAAUUGCAGUGUGUUACGUGAAUUAUGAUGCGUUAUUGAUUUGUGAUAAUUACUGAUUUGACUCUCACUUAUGCAGGAAUAAGUAAAUGAGCAAGAAAAUGACUCAUUAAAUUGGAAAAGGUCACUAUGGGUGACUGAUGGGUGACACAAAAACGCAAUAGAGAAUAAAAAAAAUAAUAAGAAUGAGCGACAUUAUUUCUCUGUGACAGUCAGCGUGUUAAUGAAUUAUUAAUGCUUCGUGGAAUUAUGUGUCGACGAAGAAGUACAAAGGCAAUCCACCGGAACCGAUAGAAGCGUUAUGAGGAAUAUAAACGUCGAGGUGCCCCUCGACGUUCGCGGGACUGAAAAGAUCGGCACGAGGCCGCCCGACAUUCUAUUAUGACAACAAUCGACGGGACUAACGGGGCGACGAGACUGAGAGACCUCGAGAAAUUCUGAAGGCGAGAUCGAGUCGCUUUCCUCAGGAUGGUCUUCAGUACGAUAGUGGUGACGUCCGCCUUGAAGGGCGCCAUCGGCCUGGUGGGCACGGGCUUGUGGCUCGUGCCGCUACUGAUAGCGGGUCUCUCUUACUAUCGUUACGAUCAGCUCGAUCCCGAGAGUCGACCGAUCAACAGGUACCCUCUGUACGCGGAGUACGAUUUCGUGGUGGUCGGCGGCGGCUCGGCCGGGGCUGUGGUCGCCAGUCGACUCUCCGAGAUACCAGAGUGGAAUGUGCUGUUGCUGGAGGCCGGCCCGGACGAGAACGAGAUCUCGGACGUGCCGUCGUUGGCGGCGUACCUGCAGCUGACAAAGCUCGACUGGAAGUACAAGACCGAGCCCACGGGCAGAGCCUGCCUGGGCAUGAAAGGCGGCCGGUGCAAUUGGCCGCGGGGCAAAGUCUUGGGCGGCAGCAGCGUACUCAACUACAUGCUGUACGUUCGCGGAAACGCGCACGACUUUAACCACUGGGAGUCGUUGGGUAAUCCCGACUGGGGCUACGACGAGGUUCUCCACUACUUCAAGAAGUCGGAGGACAAUCGCAACCCGUACCUGCAGAGGAGUCCUUACCAUGCGACCGGCGGUUACCUGACGGUGCAAGAGUCACCGUGGAAGACACCCUUGGUCGUCGCCUUCGUUCAAGCCGGCGUAGAAAUAGGAUACGAGAACCGCGACAUCAACGGCGAACGACAGACGGGUUUCAUGAUAUCGCAGGGGACUAUUCGCAGAGGCAACAGGUGCUCCACCGCGAAGGCGUUCUUGCGGCCGGUCCGACUGCGUAAGAAUAUCCAUACGGCUAUGAAUAGCCACGUGACUAAGAUCAUAAUCGACCCGCUGACGAUGAAGGCGGUCGGUGUCGAGUUCGUUAGAGACGAUCGCAGGCAGAUAGUACGAGCGCGUAAAGAAGUCGUAUUGUCGGCGGGAGCUAUUAAUAGUCCUCAGAUUCUGAUGCUUUCGGGCAUCGGGCCGAGGGAACAUUUGCGACACGUUGGUAUCCCAGUCAUCAAGGACCUCCGGGUCGGCGACAAUCUGCAGGACCACGUGGGCAUGGGCGGUCUGACGUUCCUGAUUGACAAGCCAGUCGCCAUAGUUCAAAGUCGUUUUCAAGUGACUCCGAUGACGAUGCAUUACGUGGUCAACGGCAGAGGUCCUAUGACGACGCUGGGUGGCGUCGAGGGUUACGCUUUCGUCAACACAAAGUACGCUAAUCGGUCCAUAGACUACCCGGAUGUCCAGUUCCACAUGGCGCCGGCCUCCAUCAAUUCUGACGCGGGUGUGCAAGUGCGGAAGGUCCUCGGACUGACGGACGAAGUGUACAACACCGUCUACAGGCCGAUCGCCAACAAAGACGCCUGGACUAUCAUGCCUCUACUGCUGAGACCCAAGUCCCGAGGUACUGUACGACUACGAAGCUCAAAUCCCUUUCACAGCCCCAUCAUCAAUGCGAAUUACUUCUCCGACCCGAGGGACAUCGCCAUCCUGAUCGAGGGUGCGAAGCUCGCGAUCAGAGUGAGCGAAGCGAAGGUCUUCAAGCAAUUCGGCUCGAGAGUCUAUCGCGUCAAACUGCCGGGAUGCAAACACCUCAAGUUUGGUUCUGACGCCUACUGGGAGUGCCAAAUUCGACACAUCACCAUGACGAUCUACCACCCCGUAGGCACCGCCAAGAUGGGCCCGUCGACGGACCCCACCGCCGUAGUGGACCCGAGACUGAGGGUCCAUGGUAUCGCGGGUCUUCGAGUCAUCGACGCGUCUAUCAUGCCGACAAUUAGCAGCGGCAACACGAACGCUCCCGUCAUUAUGAUCGCCGAGAAAGGUGCUGAUCUUAUCAAGCAGGACUGGCUCUGACCGUCGCCAGGAACCGAUCGUGAAAGUAUGCGCGAGCCAAAGAUGGACGCUGAGGGGAGAGCGAUAAUCCUUCUAGGAGUCAUGAACUUCCUAAAUGAAGGUCAACAUUAUUUAGAGGAGCAAAUACCAGAGGUAACCCCGGAACACGAAGCCGUGUAUGACUUCGUAGUGGUUGGUGCCGGUACCGCGGGUGCUACAUUAGCCACGAGGCUCAGUGAGAUCCCUCAUGUUAAAGUAUUACUGAUAGAAGCCGGAGUUAACGAGAAUCUUCUCAUGGACGUACCGCUGCUAGUCCAUAUAUUGCAGUUAAGUGAUGUGAUCAAUUGGAAGUACCAAACUAAACCAUCGGACAAGUACUGUCUCGGCAUGAACAAGAACAGCUGCAGUUGGCCAAGGGGGAAAGUAAUGGGUGGCAGUAGUGUGCUCAAUUAUAUGAUCGCCUCCCGAGGCGCCGCCAAAGAUUACGAUCGUUGGGCAAAGAUGGGCAACGACGGCUGGGCCUACAAAGACGUCCUCAAGUAUUUUAAAAAGCUGGAAACGAUGGACAUUCCAGAGCUAAGAUCGGAUACCAAAUAUCACGGGACUAACGGACCAGUGCACAUCACGUAUCCACAAACUCACACACUGUUAGCGGAAGCUUUUUUACGAGCUGGCAAAGAACUGGGGUAUCCCUUGAUGGUGGACUACAACAGUAAAAGCACGAUAGGAUUCUCAUAUCUACAGACUACGAUUAAAAACGGCACUCGACUAAGUAGCAACAGGGCGUAUUUAAGUCUGGCGCGCUUUCGGAAAAAUCUUCACGUGACACGUGAGAGCACAGUGAAAAAAGUACUCAUUGACCGUCGCGAAAAUAAAGCGGUUGGAGUGAAGUUCACCAAGGGUGGUAAAACUAUCCGCGUAUUUGCGAAAAACGAGGUGAUCUUGUGCGCGGGUGCCAUCGGAUCACCUCAGUUGCUGAUGUUAUCGGGAAUUGGGCCGGCGGAACAUCUCGCUGAGCUCGGCAUAGACAUCGUUAAAGACGCCCCGGUCGGCGAGAAUCUGAUGGAUCACAUAGGUUUCGGAGGAUUAGUAUUUACGGUAAAUUCUACGACAGGUAUACAGAUAGCGGACAUAAUUAAUCCUAUGUACUCAUUUAUAACGGACUUUUUAAUGAGACGAUCGGGGCCAGUGACGAUACCGGGUGGGUGCGAAGCCCUCGCUUUCCUCGAUACCAAACAUCCAAAAAAAUUGGAUGGUUCGUCAGAUAUAGAGUUAAUCUUUAUCGGUGGUUCAUAUAAAGGAGAUCCUUUUCUCCCAAUAACAACGAAUCUAGAUGCAGAGAUGAGUCAAAUCUGGAACAAAUAUAACAGAUAUUAUGGCUGGACCAUAUUUCCGAUACUGUUAAAACCGAAAAGUCGCGGUUGGAUAAAGUUGCUGGCUAACGAUAUCAAUGUUAAACCUGAAAUCGUGCCGAAUUACUUCGAUAAUCCUGAAGAUGUGAAAACAUUGAUCGCCGGUAUAAGAUCUGCGAUAGAAUUGAGUCGUACACAGGCAAUGCAAGAGUUUGGUUCCCAAUUGACAAACGAUACGCUUCCUGGGUGCGAAAAGUAUGAGUACGAUUCUGAUGAUUAUUGGGAAUGUGCGAUAAGAACAGUUCCUUACACCAUCUAUCAUUUCUCUGGCACGUGCAAAAUGGGACCGAAAGGAGAUCCGACCGCUGUUGUCGAUCCCAGAUUAAAGGUCAAUGGCGUUCAAGGACUUCGAGUAGCUGAUGCGUCUAUUAUACCAGAAAUUGUAGCGGGCCAUACAAAUCUACCUGUCUAUAUGAUUGCAGAAAAAUUGGCAGAUAUGAUUAAGGAAGAAUGGGGAUACGUCUAGAUAUAACGAUUAUAUAACGUCUCAUAAAUUUCCUGAAUACUCCUGUAUGUGCAUCGUGAAAGAUACCUGAAGGAUACAAAACGUGAUAUUAUGUGAUAAUACACAAUACAUACAUACGUGAUAUUAUAUGAUAAUACACAAUACAUACAUGGAUAUAUGGAAAAUGACGUUUAAAUUAUUUUUAAGUUAUAUAUUUUCCAUCUUUGGUAGAUAUUAUUAAGAUGACGAUUAUCUAAGAUUUAUUUUAUGUCUAACACUAUUCCUUUCAUAGCCAUAUCAAUUUAAAAAAACUGAUCAUAUUUUAUGUAUACAUUGGCGUAUCUGUAUGUUUGUGGGUUUCUUUUCGUAUCUGUAUGUUUGCGUAGAUCUUUUCAAAAUAAAGAUUUGAUUUAUAAAAAUAA